CGCGCUGCCGCCGCCGCCGCCCGGCGAUGCCCGCGGCCCCCGGUGGCUGCGGCCCGCGGAGGCGGCGCUGACCCGGCGAGCAGAGCGGCCCCCGGCCAUGGGCAGCGUCGGCCCCCGCCCGCAGCGAGGCCACCGGCAGAUGUGCUGAUGUCUGCUUCUUGCAAAGACCUGACCCACCUGAGGCUGGCAGAUGCACAGAUGUGAGCGUGAAUCCCCAGUAAAAGAAUGAGUGAGAGAGACAUACAGAACCUGAGCAAAUGGGUUUUCGUGCUCAGUCUCUGCCUUACCACGCUGUGGGGACGACUGACGCUGGCCUCCACGCAUCACCACAGAAGCCAUUCAGUGCAUGUAGAGCCCGGCACAUGCGAAGUCAUUGCAGCUCACCGGUGCUGCAACAAGAACAAGAUCGAGGAGCGCUCGCAGACGGUGAAAUGCUCCUGUUUCCCAGGGCAGGUGGCAGGGACAACGCGGGCAGCUCCCUCCUGUGUGGAUGCCUCCAUCGUGCUGCAGAAGUGGUGGUGCCAGAUGGAGCCGUGUCUCGAUGGGGAAGAGUGCAAAGUGCUGCCUGACCUCUCGGGAUGGAGCUGCAGCAGUGGCAACAAAGUGAAGACGACCAAGGUCACUCGAUAGCCUCCAUGCCGCGUGGCACUGGCUGACCAGCCUUGGUGUGGGUCCUGGUGCUGCCAUGAGCAGCAGGAUGUGGCCCAGUGCCUGCAGAGGUGGGAUGCUCCAGGGCUACCAUCCUGCACCCGUCAGCGGGACUGUGACAGCUACAGGAUCAGAGCAUGUGCUGAGCCCCAGCUUCCCUGGAGGCUGCAGGCAGGGAGCCCAUUGCAACUGCCAGAAUCCCGUCGCUCCAUGGUUUCCUCCUUUUCUCUGGACACAUCCUCCUAAAUAAAAUACUCCCACUGUGUAAGAGCUGUUGACAAUCCAGAGACAGGCAGCAGGCCCCCAGAAUGGGCUUUAAUCUGAAUAGCUGAAAUCAUUGCUGUGAGUCGCCUUUCCCUGUCGCCUGAGAUGCUGAAUCCAAGUUGCAGUCAGGAAUCGAGAAGUCCAUGGUUAUGUGAAACCCUUCCCCAUGUGGCUCCUGGCCCUGGGGUUCCUAGGAGCAGCCUCUGAGCUCCAGCCUGAUCCUGAGUCACUGGGGGCUGCUGUGCCCUCGGAGCACUGGGCUUUCCUUGCCCCACCGCCUUCCUGCUAUGAUCACAUGCAGCAGAUGUGGCAGCAUAGUCAGAGGGUGUCUGACAGCCUGUUGGCCCCCAGGGAUGGUGAGAUGUCUCCAUGGCACAUGCUGCUGGUUUCUCCUUCCUUGGUAAUUGCAUUAAUCAGGUUGAAAAUUUAAUGUUUUCCACCAUGCAAGUCCCAGGCACUGAGUUUCUGCUUGUGUUUGCAAUUGAAUUCUAGAGUUGUGUGAGGGGAUCUCUCUGUCUGUGGCUGUGGGCUGUCUAGGGCAUGCAGAUGCCCAGAUAGGGUCUCAGACUGAGCCAGAUUUUGUUGCAGUAAUCCAAAAUAAAGAGAAAUUUACCACCUCCUGGCCCUGAGCUCAUGACCUUCUCCAGGACACAGCAUUUCCUGUGGUAUAGCGACUGAAGUGGGGGAGAAUGUGAGCUCUGUACCCCCAGUGUCAGACAUGCUCGGGGCCCUGGGGCUGUGGGACCAGCACCUCCAGCCCUGCUCUGGGUCCCUGCAGGGGAUGUGCUGGUGCAGGAGGGGCUGGAGAUGGGGAGGGGGCCAUGACAAUGAGGGGGUCUGGCGUGUUUGCUGCCACCUGCCUCCUGCCCUGACUCCCAGCACAGGACUCAUUAUUGA